CAGCUUUCUGCCUUAGAUUUUGGGUCAGAAAAAGUCAUAUUCAGCGGCUAUGGCAAUAAAGGGAGCACUCACUUGGCUCUGCUCACUAGCAGUUUUGUCCUUCUCUGCAGCUGAGGAUGAAAUUCUUCUUCAGAGCUGCAACUCACAAACUGAGCAACUAUCUGCUAAUUUCAAGAUGGCAGCAGAGUGCAUUGUACAACAAGCAUCUGCCUUGAGUGCACUGCAGACUGCUUCACUACUGCUCUCCAUGAGGAAUCUGACUGAUUCUCUGCACAAACAGCAGCUAAAAGAAUGCCAAGGUGCGGAGCCAUCGGAAUGUCCCGAUGCUGAAGUUCCCAACAACGGAGGGUUGGCAUGUGUCACAGUGGCCAGCAAGCGCUACUGCAAACCUCUGUGCAACUGGGGUUAUGAUUUUGCGUUCAUACGGAGGAGUCGUAUUUAUGAUGAAUGCAGUGAGCAGACGGGAUAUAAAUGGAAGACUCAGUACAUAGGAGGAAACAAACUGGCUGUGUGUAACGAUGCAUCCAUUCAAGUUUCUGGGGCAGCGACGGCCUAUUUUCCCAAAGAUCAGAACUGCCUAACAACCAAGAGCAGCAGCCUACUGAAGACGAGCACUAUUCAACUUUUUACCUCCGAGCUGGAGAGUGAGGGCAUACAGGGAGAGCCACAGAACGGCUGUUUAGUAUGUGGAGGCCCUUGAGGCAAAGAAGUCUGGGGAAAUACAUGUUGGGCUUUAAAAGUUCCCCUUAAGUUUCAAUAAGAAAUAAAGCUGUGUAAAUAAUUAAAGAACAAAC